AUGUCCACUGUUGGUGGAGGCUUGCGUGAGCGGGAGCUGCAGAGCCUGCUGAAGCAGAAAGAAGCGGAGCUUAAGCAAGCGAACGCGGAGCUAGAGGAACGCGGAAAGCUCCUGUACAAGACCAAACUGCACCUGGGUGUAUGUCCGCCGCCCUUAGGAAACACUUCGGCUUUCGGCUCCACGAUUCAAAACGAUGGCAAUAGCUGCCUCGUGUCCUUUGCGUCGCAGGUUGCUAUCGAGCAGCUGCAGCAGGAGCUGACCGUUAGCCGUCGAGACGAGCAGGCUAUCCGGGACGAAGCAAACCGGGUGUGCGAGGAGCAGGCGACACAGCUCCGCCAAGCAGAGGAGCACGUGCAGGCGCUCCAGGAACAGCUUCAGCAGGCAAACAAGCAAGCCAAGGAGCUUCAGACCAAGGCCAUCAGCUUUGAGGUCGAGCUCGAGCAGCACCGGCAACAGGCGCUCCUCGACAACAAUUCGGUGACACACAAACUGCGCGAGAAAGACAAACAGAUUUUGUCGCUUGGAGACGAGAUUGAGGGCGUCAAGGAGCGCGCAGCUGAGCUGGAGAAGAUGCUGCGGGACACACGAUCCAAGUUGGCCACACUCGAGCUGGACAGGGAGGAGACCGAGCGGCUCAUUCGCGAUCUGACGGCCAAGAACAAGCAGCUGAACCAGGAUAAGCAGGAACUGGAGCAGCAGCUGGAGCUGGCUAAGAACCUAGCGGAUGCGGCGAAGCGCGAGACAGCGCGUGCCCUCCAGGCUGUGGAGCUUAGCGAGAAGGAGAAGAACGCCAUUGAAGUGGAUUGUAACCGCAAGCUCGACAGGCUGGUUGCCGAACACGACCUCAGGAUGCGGGAGGCAGAGAAAAAGCUGCGGGACCUGGAUGCGACGUGGCAGGCGAAAGAAGAGAUAACGGAACGGAGCUGGGUUACCCGCCUCCAGGAAGUUGAGCAGCACUGGGAGAAGCGGCUUCGCGACGGCAUGACCGCCUGCGAGCGCAAGUUCGCGGAAGAGGCGAUGGCGUGGGAGCGGCGCAUUCGGGAGACGGAUGCAGCCUGGCAGGCCAAGGUCGUAGAGCUGGAGCAGUUGUGGCGCAACCGUCUGUCCGACGAUCAGCGUCUGCACGAUGCCGAUCGAGCGCACUGGGAGGCACAGCUGCUGGCGCAGCGCGCGGAGCUGGAUGCCACGUGGUCCGCGCGGCUGGAUGAGACUCGGCGCAACCUGGAGGCCGCCUUGGAGGAGGCCACCACGCGUGCAGCUGCGGAUCGGGAGGCGCUUGAGAAGAAGGCAUUACUGGAGCGCGCAGCCCUCGAGAAUGCCGUCAACACUGAGCGCCAGGCGCUCGAAAGCACUGCGGCGGCUGAACGGGCGGCCUUGGAGCGCAGCACGACCAAGCGGCUCAAGGAGAUGGAGGCGGCAGCGACACGGCUUGCGGAUGAAGCUCGUAUAAAGUGGGCUGAGGAGCGGGCGGCGGCGGAGGGCGUGUGGGCUGACCGGAUGGCGGAGCUGGAGGCUAAGUAUCGCAAGAAGCUGGAGGACCUCAAGCGCAAGGCCGCUUCUCGGGAGCUGGAAAUUGACAACCAGUGGAAGGAACGUCUGGACGAGCUGACCAACAAGUCCCUCGCGGAGCGAGAGCUCAUCGCCGCCUCGUGGAACAGCAGGCUAGCGGCAGCCCAGGAGGAGGCCGCUGCACGCUACCGGGCCCUGCAGGAGGAGCUGGAUGCCAAGGUGGCCGCCAUCAGUAGCCGGCUGGCGGACAUGGCAGGGAAAGAGGGCCGGCGGGAGGUGCAGCGAGGCGAACUAACGCGCCAGCUGGAGGAGCUUCAGGCCCUACACGAAGCGGAGACCCGGCGGCGUGCAGAGCUGGAGCGGGCACUGCGUGACGCGGCGGCCAUGUUCAAGGCCGAGCUGUACGAGAAACAGGCGCAGCUAGACGCGGCCUACCGGGACGCUCGCAUCCUGCGGCAGCAUCUCGCAGCGCAUAACGUUAACUUGCCCUCCCCACGACCCGGACGCUCCAAAGGGACUGCGACCGGCGAGUCUUCCCCCAAGGUGCCAUCCGUGGAUAUGGAAGGUAUUGCCUUAUCACCGCCUCCGGCGGCUGGUUACUACACUUCGGGAUCUGGGGCUAGCCCGCGGACGGCCAGCGUGGCUACCCCCUCGGAACUGGACGCCGAAGUCACUGCGCUACGGGCAGCCAGGGCGGAGUAUCAACGGUCAAUUACCGCCGCCCAAGAUGCGCGCAACGCUCUACUUGACCGAUCAGAGGUAAACCCUUUCACGCUGACAGGUUCGCGAGCAGCGGAGCUACAGCGCUUGUGCAAGCCCAGCGCUCAACCGACAAGCUCGCAGCUCUGGGCGAGGAACUAACAGCAGAGCUGCCAAGUACAUCGGCAGGAUGCUGAUGGAUGACGACUCGUCUGUCAUGGAGACGCAACCCCGCCGGGAGCAUGCUUCCACAGACCCGGCCUUUGACGCUUGGCGAAGCCGCCUAUCUUCACGUCUUACUUCUGCGUUAAAAAAACUGGAGCCUAGUGUGCGAUAGCACGUCUGUGGGCGCAGUUGCCGAAAUAACGACUUUCCUUGUCGAUAGACAGGAAGAUCAUUUUGGAAUUGAUUUGACUCCUUGUAAAUAUGCUCACAGC